UUUGUUCAUAUAUUUCUGAUAUCCCCUUAGAUUCUUGCCCAAAAAUGGAUGCCAAUAGCAAUCUACCGUUAUCAGUUCUUAUGUCAAACCAAACACAGCUGCAUGAAGUUCGCCGUCGUUCUGCUGGUUUUCAUCCAAGCAUUUGGGGACACUAUUUUCUACCUUAUUCUACUCAAACCAAGGAAGCAGAUACACAAGAAUGGCAAGAGCAUCAACAACUAAAGGAAAAAGUAAAGAACAUGCUUGUUGAAGCCCCACACAUUUCUUCUCAAAAAAUAGACUUGAUCAACAAGAUCCAACGCUUGGGAGUAAGCUAUCAAUUUGAAAAGGAGAUUGAAGCAACAUUGCAACUCAUAUUCAGGAGCUACUAUGAAUCGAAUAUCCAACAAGAUGAGAAUGAUCUUUAUAUUGUUUCGUUGCGCUUUCGACUACUUAGACAACAUGGCUAUCAUGCACCUUGCAGUGCGUUCGAAAACUUCACUGCAUGUGAUGGCAAGUUCAAGGAAUCGUUGUUGACCGACAAUGUGCAAGCAAUAUUAGCUUUGUACGAGGCAUCACAUCUUAGAGUACACCGGGAAAAGAUUUUAGAUGAAGCACUCAUAUUUACCACUUCUUACUUAAAAUCCUUGUUACCAAACUUGACUGAUCCUCUUAGAUCUCAAGUCAAUGAAGCAUUGAAGAGGCCAAUUUACAAAAGAUUAACAAGGAUAGAAGCAAGAAGAUACAUAUCAAUUUAUGAAGUUGAUGAAACUCAUGAUAUUGUACUGUUGAAAUUUGCGAAAUUGGACUUCAACAUGCUGCAGAAGGAACAUCAGAGGGAGUUAGGCAAUCUUACAAGGUGGUGGAAGGGAUUAAAUGUCCCCAAAAAUCUACCUUUUGUCCGGGACAGAUUGGUGGAGUGCUACUUUUGGAUGUUAGGAGUGUACUUUGAACCACAAUACUCUUUUGCCAGAAGAUUUCUUUUGAAAGUUAUAGCAAUGACUUCACUUAUUGAUGAUAUUUAUGAUGUCUAUGGAACUCUUGACGAGCUCCACCUAUUCACAGAUGCAAUCCAAAGAUGGGAUGCUGGUGUUGUAAAUGAAUUACCUGAAUAUAUGAGAGUUUGUUAUGUCGCUCUUCUUAAUGUUUAUGCUGAAAUGGAGAAAGAGUUGGCUGGCAAAGGCGAAUCAUACCGCAUCAACUAUGCAAAAUAUGAGAUGAAAAAGUUAGUGGGAGCAUAUUAUGAAGAAGCAAAGUGGUUUUAUAAUCGUUGUACUCCAAAGUUUGAGGAGUACAUGAAGGUUGCACUUAUAACGGGUGCUUAUAUGAUGCUAUCAACAACUUCUUUGGUAGGCAUGCAAGAAGAUUUUGUAACUAAAGAGGCGCUUGAUUGGGUGUGUAAGGAGCCAUUAAUUACUCGAGCUGCAUCAGUUAUUUGUAGAUUAAUGGAUGAUAUGGCUGGGCAUGAGUUUGAGCAGCAAAGAGGGCAUGUAGAUUCGGCUGUGGAAAGCUACAUGAAACAAUACAAAAAGUCUAAAGAAGAGACUUUUAACGAGUUUCAUGAACGAGUCAACAACGCAUGGAAAGACAUUAAUCAAGAAUGUCUUAAGCCAACUGUUUUUCCCAUGCCUAUACUCAUCCGAGUUGUCAACCUUGCAAGAGUUAUAGAUUUGUUGUAUAAAGAUGGAGAUACAUAUACACAUUCCACUACCGAGCUUAAAGCAGCCAUUACCUCAGUGUUGAUUGAUCCAAUCCCAUAUGAAUCUUCAUCUUCAAAAUAAAAAUGAAAAUGAAUCUACCAUCAUAUAUCUUGAAAGCGGUGAUCGAUGUUGCUUUAUGCAUGUUCCCUAGUAACUUUCAAGGUUGGAUUUGUAGGAAUUUCAAAAUAAGACAUGUAUCCUAUUAACAAAGGUGUUUGUAUGUGGUUAUUGUGGUGUAUGAAUUUUAAUUUUAUUACCCAAUAUUUUCAUCUAUCAA